AUGUAUUCUACCUUACUCAGAAUUCCUGAUAUUUACAAGAUCUGCCAGAUUCAUCAAUUCGCCACAUAUCUUGACUCAGUUUAUCAAGAUUACAUUAGAUUUGGGUUUGAAGAAGAUGAAAGUAUUAUUCUUCAGAACUGCCAGAGCUUUCUUUAUACCUCAAAAGCAAAUGCUAAAGUAAGAUUUGUUCGUAAGGUUAUUCGUAGUAACGUUUACAACUUGUUCAAUAAUUUUAGCAAAUUGAGAGUCAUGUCAUCUAUACAAUGCCUUUAUUUAAAUUUUGCUAAAACUAUUCUCUCUGAUAAUCAAUUGAGUUUUUUCCUUAGUUUUAUUGAUGAUUCUCCACAUAGCUUUAAUUCUUCAUCUGAUUCUCUAACCUACAAAUUC